AUGCUCCCAAUUCCAAGAAGAGAGAACAACGAUUCGACUAUUGUAUUGAUUAACGAAGAAGAACAAGGUUCAUCAUCAGCAUCGGUCAAUAGCAAGUAUAGAGUGCAGGAUAUUGCACCUGAUUAUUAUGAUGACUAUAAAUUUGGAGAUGAAGAGGAUGAAGAAGAGGAAGAAGAUGUAGGACCUUCCGAACAAUGGGCUUCUUCUGUGAUUUCGUAUAGCUCUUACUGGGGUGUUCAUAUUUAUGAAUCAUCAACACCUGGAUCUGUUACUAAAAUUAGUGGAAGACGUGAAAAUUCAAAUGAAUGGGUUACUUUGUGGUCUGGUCCUGCAACAAAUGGUAUCCAUGUAGCAAGAGAUUUUGCUCCAGAAUUGACUGUAAAAGGAUUUAAAACUAAUGCUAUUAGAAUUGAUUUAAGUAUGAAUGGAGGUUGGACAGAAAUUGAUGCAGUCAAAAUUUGUGGAAAAGGAGGUGUUCAAAAGGAAGAAGUUCCAGAAAUUAGCAAAUUUUAUAGAAGUCUUUUGAAGAGUGGUUUGCAUGCUGAUUUAACUGUCGUUCAUAAGAGUUCUGGAAGAGAAAUCAAAUGUUUGAAAGCUAUCCUUGCUGCUAGAUCUCCAUUUUUAAAGACUCUUAUCGAUAGCUCUGUAAAUAAUACCAUUGUAGUUGACACAUUUGCUCCAUUCCCUGCCCUAGUUGCAGCAUUGGAUUAUAUGUACAGUAGUUUUACAAAUGUAAGACCAUGUCAUUUGAUUGAAACAUUUGUUUUGGCAGAUCAAUUAAUGUUACCAGGAUUAUCUGAAUAUUGUGUCAAUCUCUUCAGAAAGGUUGUUUCAUCAGAAAACAUUUUUGUAUUCUACAGUGCUGCUAAGGAACAUCAAUCUCACACUUUCUUACGUUCAACCCUGGAUUACAUGGCCAGCAAUUACAAAAGUGUCUUCCUCCAACCAGAUCUUCACAUUGUGGAAAAAUCUGAUUUGUUAACCAUUUGUAAAUCAUUAGCAACCAAGAAUAAUUAA